GAGUUUGCUGCGAAUUUUGUUCUCGGCUGGUUAGAGGGAAUUGCAGCAGCACUGCGUUAUGUGGUCUUUUGCUGCAAGCGUUUACGGCGUGGAUUUGCUUGACCGUUGUUGUUUUUUCACCUGUUCGCAGAGGUUUCUGCACAGCUGGAGGUGAUCGGCGCGUGGUCUCUCUGCCAUCCCAGCCGGGACGGGGUGCUGAGCUGCCCACGCUCUGUUUGCUCCCCUCCCGCAUUCCCAGCGCUUAGUGUCUCUCUGUGGUGCCCAGGAAGGGUCACAGGGACCCUCUGAGCUUCAUCCCCUCCCACGUGUCCUCAGAGCCGGGACAGUCACAGCUGGGUUAUGAUAGCGUAGGGUCCUAGGAGGUGUUCAGUGCCCGGGCCGACAGCCGUGUUCCUCCGUCCUGUGUUUAUCAGGUAUUGCUGUGCCCAGCUUUGUGGUUCGAUGUUGUUCCUGCGGCUCCUGGCUGAGGUGACCUUACCCAUGAGAUGUUCUGGGGUGAAGCCUCGGUUUGAGCUCUUGAAGGUGGAAGAUAAAUACAAAAUGUUCUGGUUCGUGACGUGCUUCUCUAAGUGAGUCCCAGGCUUCAGGCCUUGCAGCCCUCAGGUGCAGAGAUGGAAAUAAAUGACCCAAAUGUCACUGGAACCCUGGGGAAGGUCAUCUGUGUGUGGAAAUCUAUUUUAGGUUGAAAUAGGAUACCUCACAAAUGGGUGUCCCCAGUUAGGACUACUGCACAGCAACUCAAGAGCUCCGUUUUGCUCAGUCCCAGACUUCUGUCCCAUUCAGGUCCAUCACAGCGUAUGGGGCUCUAGCAGCUGGUGCAAGGACAGCUGUGCGGAGAAUGGGAGUUGCGAGUGACUCCUGGCAAACCUUUGUUUGGGUGAAAGAUGACCCUGAAUCUGUCUGCUUGUGACUAAUGUGUGUCCAGGUCCCUAGCCAUGUGUUCUGCCGUUGGCUCCUAGUUUUUUUGACCCAAAUGUCAGUAGUCUGUGCAAGCAGCCAUGCUGUGCCUUGUGAUCAGUGGUGGAGCAGAACCCACCUGUGUGGACGAGUUUCCAGCAGCACCUGCUCUGGUUUGGUGGGACUGUCUCCUGCACAGUACAGGAACAUACUGAAGUAGCUGGUGGUUGUUUUUUUUUUUCCAGUUUUGCCUUAGCUCAUGCUUUUGAUGCCAGCAAGUUGAGUUGUGCAGUUGACACAGUAGAGGGGAGGGAUGCCAUCCAGAGGGACCUGGACACACUCAUAAAGUGGGCAUACAGGAAUCUAAUGAAUUUUAACAAGGCCAAGUGCAAGGUGUUGCACUUGAGUCAGGGCAAUCCCAGAUACGAGUACUGACUGAUAGAAAAACUCCUUGAGAGCAGCCCUGUGGAGGAGGAGUUGCGGUUCUGGUGGAUUAAAAGCUGACAUGAGCCAGCAGUGUGUGCGUGCAGCCCAGGAGGCCAGCAGUAUCCUGAGCUGCAUCAGCAGAGGGGUGGCAGUUGAAUAAGGGAGGCGAUUGUCCCCCUCUGCUCUGCUCUUGUCAGGCCCCAUCUGGAGUACUGCGUCCAGGCCUGCGACCCUCCGUACAGGACGGAUGCAGAGCUGUUGGAGUGAGUCCAGAGGUGGGCCACAGAGAUGAUCAGAGGGCUGGAGUACCUCUCCUAUGACAAUGGGUUGAGGAAGUUGGGCUUGUUUAGCUUUGAGAAGAGAAGGCUUCAGGGGCGCCUCAUUGUGGUCUCACCAACUUUUUACAGUCUGAUCAUGAUAGAACAAGGGGAAAUGGCCUCGAGAUAGGUUUAGGUUAGAUGUUAGGAAGGAUGUUUUUACUCAGUGAGCUUCUGGAACAGUUUGCUCAGAAAGGUUAUAGAUGCUUCACCUCUGGGAGCAUUCGAGGCCAAAGUGGAUGGGAUCCUAUGCAGUCUGAUCUAAUGGUUGGCAACCCUGCCCAUGGCAGGAGAGUUGGAACUAGAUGAUCUUUAAGGUCUCCAUUCUGUGACUUUCUUCUCUGUAGGAUGAGCAGGUUGGUGCCAAAGCACAGGGCUUACAGUUGCGGGAAGAGCCAAUGAGCCUCUUCUUUCUCCCGAUUCCCUCCAUUUAGCCUCAGAAUCUAGCCUGCCUCCCUGCAGUGUGAGGCUUCUACAGCACAUACAUCGGGCACUGGCUACUCAUCUGCCACCCACUCUUGGUCUUGUUUCUUGAAAAAGGGCGCUGAGAAGAAGAGCAGUCUGUGAGCUCAGUGUAAUGUGUGGAUUUCUGGAGCUGCGCUUCUGUGUGUGUGUGUUCCAGCCGUGAUGCAGCAGUGCGGGCGGUUGGGUCACCAGGGCACAGUGCUCCACUCCAAGUAGACGGUGAGGCCAGCAGGAAAGCGUGCCUGGGGUCAUCAGAGAUGAGCAAGCAAGGAAACAGUUGAGAGAGAGCACAAAGUAGAUGUAAAAGGAGAGCUCAGGGGCUACGACACAGUGAGGCCUAGCUCCAAGCACAGACUGUGUGGGGGUUUCCUGUAUUACAUGGUGCUGUGCCUGCAGGUCGUGGCCUCCAGCCUGUGACUGUGGGGCUGGGCAGGAAGCCGCCACUGGUGCAUGCUGCAGUCUUUGUUCUGUGGCUGGAGUGGAGCGUCCUUGCAUACAGACUGCAGGGAGCUGGGGUGACUGCCCUGCGUGGAGCCCGCCUGAUGUGGGCUGUCUGUGGAGCCAUGGUUGAAGCUUUCAGGGUAGAAGCUUUGCUGCUGAGGGUCUGGGGGUAGUUUUGCUGCUUUUCAGGAAGGUCAGCUUCUGAUGUUCCUGAGGCCGCUCCAGAGUGGGAAUCUCUCUGUGCCCCGGCCAGUACUGCACUGAGUGAGUGGGGCCUGAGCUGGGCCUCUUCCUGCCCAGGACUGCGUCCCGCUUCCCCAGGCUGGGAGCAGGAAGUGCCCUGCUGCUGGGAACAGCCUCCAGGGAAUGUGCAAAAAAUGCUGUGAUUGUUUGGGGCUGUUCCCAGAUUUACACUGCAGGGGGGUGGUGGGGCUUUGGGGAGCACCGGGCCGUCCUUGGUCAUCAGCCGAGUCCUCAGGCACUGCCACACUGCUGGCAGGUCAGCGAUGUGGUGUUUGAAGAGAACUUCCCUAAAACAACAAGCUAUCUAAUGGAUGUAUUUAUAGAAUCUUGUUCCCUAAUUUAAUCUGCUCUUUCACUGUUUGUUUUUUAUUUUUAAGUUCAAAGGUGUGAUAGCAAAGAAACUAAACUUUGCAGGCGCCCGAGAGGGAGUUGAAAUGUAACUCAUGGUCUGCAUCAGCCCGAAGCUCUGCUCUGACCUGUUCCGAGUUCAGAAAAACAUUUACCAAGCACGCAGGCCGGUUCCUGCUGCUCUGCACCAGCUCCAGCUGCAUCCCAGUGCCCCGCGGGUGAGAGCUGCCCCGCCGUGCCGCACAGCCUGGGGUCAGCCGGGUGCCAUCCUGCAGGUGCCGUGCUGGGUGGUGGCACCACCAGAGGAGGCUUGGUGCGGGCCCUGACCGAGUGUGUUGUGCGUGUGCUGGGUGCGCACCCAGGUGCUGGGGCAGAGCUCUGGUGGUGGUGGUCAUUUUACCACCCGCUUGCUCCCACUGCUUUGUAGGCUUUAGGCAGUCUGGUUUGGUUGUUUGUGUGGCAUUGUUAUUUACAUAGGCCCCAGAUUUGCUCUUUUUUGUUGCCUGCAGCACCGUGUUGGUUCAGACUGGGCACUGUGAAGUGUAACCCUGGUCCUGCUGGCACCAGCACUCACCUCUGCCUUUUUAGAAGCAGAUCAGUCCACAAUGCCUGAAGUGCGAGAUCUCUCUGAUGCCUUGCCUGACGUGCCAAUGGAUCCCAUCACAGGGGUUGGCGUGGUCGCAUCCCGGAGCCGCGCACCAACAGGCUAUGAUGUAAUUGCACAAACAGCAGAUGGCCUGGAUGCUGACCUCUGGAAGGAUGGCCUAUUUAAAUCCAAGGUCACACGAUACCUGUGCUUCACAAGAUCAUUUUCAAAAGAAAAUAGUCACUUAGGAAACGUCUUGGUUGAUAUGAAGCUCAUUGACAUCAAGGACACUUUACCUGUGGGCUUCAUCCCCAUUCAAGAGACUGUUGACACACAAGAAAUAGCUUUCAGAAAGAAGAGGCUGUGCAUUAAAUUUAUCCCUCGAGAUUCUACAGAGGCAGCCAUCUGUGAUAUCCGAAUCCUGGGGAGAUCUAAGCAAGCCCCUCCUCAGUACACAUUCAUAGGGGAGUUGAACAACAUGGGCAUUUGGUAUCGGAUGGGCAGAGUUCCCCGCAACCAUGAAUCUUCACAGCCUGCUGCUCCUUCCCAAGCUCCGUCUCCAACACCAGCUCCCAACCUGCCAAGGCAUAUCUCACUGACGCUUCCUGCUAGCUUUCGAGGCAAAAGUCACAGCAGCCGCCUGGACUUGGAGCACCAGCACUCAAACCUGUAUGCCAUAUCAGCAAUGGAUGGAGUGCCUUUCAUGAUCUCAGAGAAGUUUGCCUGUGCUCCUGAAGGGAUGCAGCCAGUUGAUCUCUUGGGCAUCACAAUCAAAACCCUUGCAGAAAUUGAAAAGGAGCAAUAGCACCAUUACAGCAAAUCUUCUGGAUUUCCAAAGCAGCAAGAAUGUUUUCCCUGGAGCUAGAUGCCUUGCAGAAAGUAUUCCCAGAGAAUUUCAAGAGUUAUUGUUCUCUGUCACCACAGUUGCAGAUGUAUGCACCCAUCCUCCAAGCUGCACAGCGAGCCAAAUGAAAGGACCCCACCCUUUCAGGAGUAUCAGGGAAAGAGGUGCCCGUUCUGUUCUGCACACUCAGGCUGUGUCUGGAGCCAGGCUCUCGCUGUAGCAGGCCCAGGAACUGCACGGCUGUGUGCUGGGGAGUGCGUGAGCAAAUGGUGAAACCCAGUGAGAGCAGAGGCUGAAGAUGCUUGGUUUUAAGAUGAGGACACAGUUUGCCCGUGCCCAGUUCAAUGCUUGUGUGGCAGUGAGGAGCAGAAGCCCCCGCAGCAUUGCUGCCGUCUCCUUGCAGAACUGCAGCGAGCUGUGCUGGCUGCUGCUCGUGUCCCAGGCAGGGAAACUUCCCCGUGUGAGCGCCAGGCAGGCAGGGGCCGCGCGCGGCGCAGUGGUGCCGCAGGGCUGUGCUGUGCUGUGCUGUGCUGUGCGUGCAGCUGCAGAGCUUGGGCUGUGUGGGCCUGUGCUGCUCGCGCUCUGCAGGCCUCGGCGCUCUGAGCGAGGCGUCCUCGUUAGCUCGAGCUGAAAGUCUGGAGUCUAAUUAGCGAAGUGUGCUUCUAAUAGUAAUCAUUCUUUUUAAACUGACAAGGAAGGCUGCCCGUUUAACCACUUAAUCGCUACGAGUUUUCUUAGGCUGCUUUUUGCAAAUAUAUUUAAUGAAGAAGUUGUAAAUCUAAAGGAGCUUAAAAUUUUAAUUUUAUACAGAAAUAUUUUUCCUUGUUCUCAUGUUUGUAGUCAAUUCUCCGGAGUGCAGUCACAUGAAAUGUUCUUUAAAUGAACAUAUUUGCUAACUGGCAUGAUUUCAGUUUUUAAAACAUCGGUUCCAGCAAUUAGGCAUUUUUUUCAGUUCCCAAAUGACUAGAGAAAUUCGUCUUGAUUAUAAUUGCUCUUAGCCACGCAUAUCUAAUUUGUGUCUUUUUAAGUGUUAAUUAGUAAACAGUUUGAGCUGACAUCUUUAUGUGUUUGUGUGUUGAAAAAUGAGGCUUAUUGCUUCUGUAGCUCGGGGUGGUGCUGCUGGCUGUGACAUCGUGACAUUGAGGUGCAAUUAAUGAAGACAUGCCUGCCAAUUAAAAGGCGGUCUGGAAGCACGGCUCGCUGACACGCCGCCCCGCAGCUGGCAGCGCUCGGUGCCGCGCGGACAAAAUGGCAGCUCCGCGCGGUGCCGCGGUUGCCGUGGCAGCGCCAAUUCCUGUCGCGCCGCGCGUACACCGUGACGCGGAGGAGG